CACCCCCGCGGUGCCCCCUUCCAGCCUCCCACCAGGGGUCGUCUCUCUCCUCCGCGCCGACCUGUGCGCUCCACAGUCGGGCUGCUGUCCGCCCGCCAGAAGGAUGUUUUCAGGCCGGAGGACACUUGUGGGCUCGGUGAUGUUUCCAGCAGACAUGGAUCCCUCGCUGUAGCGCUACCAUGGUUCCACUCCUUGCCCGGCUGGCGUGCGUGUGGAUCUGCGCCGCAGCCGCCGCCGCCCCGGACGUAGACGAGAAGGACCCGAGAUGGCACGCGUUCACAGCGGGGAACAACGCCGCGACUUCCCGGGUGCUGCCGCCGGACGCGCCGAGCCUGGUGCGUAAAAGCGCGCUUCGGCAUCCCAGACUUCAUCUCCCGUUCUCGGUCAUGACGCAGGAACAAGACGUGAACGCCAGCGAGUACGACGAGGACUACACGCUUCUCGGCUUCACCGAAGAGCCGCCCUUCGUCCCAGGGACGCCUCGCAGCAGACUCCGGCCGGUGAGGAACCCUUUCUACCCGCUGAGCGCCGAGGCGUACGGAGCCUACGCGCUGCUGGUGUCCGCCGUGGUGAUCUUCUGCGCCGGCGUCCUGGGCAACAUGUCGCUGAUGUGCAUGGUGUGUCACAACUACUCCUUGAGGAACAUCUCGCACUCCCUGCUGGCCAACAUGGCGCUCUGGGACUUCAUGGUCCUCUUCUUCUGCCUGCCCCUGGUCGUCUUCCACGGCCUCUGCAAAGACUGGCUGCUGGGGGACUUGUCCUGCAAGCUCAUCCCCUACCUGGAGGUGGCGUCCCUGGGGGUCACGACCUUCACGCUGUGCGCCCUGUGCAUCGACCGCUUCCGCGCCGCCACCAACGUGCGCAGCUACUACGAGAUGACGGACAACUGGGCGUCCACCGCCGCCAAGCUGGCCGUCAUCUGGGUGGGCGCCCUGCUGCUGGCGCUGCCCGAGCUGCUGAUCCGGCAGCUGGAGACGGAGGCGGAGGAGCCGGCGCGGGCCGCGGCACCGCCGGAGCGCUGCGUGGUGCGGGUGUCCACCCGUCUGCCGGACACGCUGUACGUGCUGGGCCUGACGUACGCCGGCGCCCGACUCUGGUGGUUCUUCGGCUGCUACUUCUGCCUGCCCACCCUCUUCACCAUCUGCAGCUCGCUGGCCACCGCCCACAAGAUCCGCGGCGCCGAGCGGGGCUGCGGGCGCGGCACCAAGAAGCAGAUCCGCCUGGAGAGCCAGAUGAACUGCGCGGUGGUGGCGCUGGCCAUCCUCUACGGCUUCUGCACCAUCCCGGAGAACGUGUGCAACAUCGUGGGCGCCUACAUGGCGGCCGGCGUGCCCCCCGGGACCCUGGACGUCCUGCACCUGCUGAGUCAGCUUCUGCUCUUCUGCAGGUCGGCCGCCGCGCCGCUUCUGAUCUUCUGCCUGUGCCGCCCCUUCGGCCGCGCCUUCCUCGACUGCUGCUGCUGCUGCUUCGUCGAGUGCGAGCGCGAGGAGGCUUCUACGGACGCCGGCCCCACCCAAGACCAGCUGGAGCUGUCCACCUCUGACGCCGCCGCCACCGCCGGGGAGACGUCCAUCACCUGCUGAGGAGGCGGGACCUUUUUUUAAUUUUUUUUUAGCUAGCGUAGCUCGUCACUUCACGCUAGCAUAUUCUCACUUCCUUUUAAAGCAGGGGUGGCCAAACUUUUUCCACCGAGGGCCACAAACUGAUGUCACGCCAAAUUUCUUCCCCUCAACAAAAACCUUCCCCGCCCCCCAUUUACUUCCGGGGUCAUGAUUAAUACAGACUUUUUGUUAACGCUAUAUUAUAAAAAUAUAACGCCAUAUUAUAAAAAUACAGAUGUUUUGUUUACGCU